AUGGACACGACGGAACGGUUAGCCGUAAUCCGCCUGGCCUUCCACCUCCUCCGACUCUCCGUCCGUGCAUUCUCACCUGACCUCGUUCACGGAUUGGCUGCCGCCUUCGCCUCAACGUCCGCAACCGUCUUACGUCCAGCGGAGCUCAACCUAAACAAGGAAGUAGUAACUACAAAGGAUAUGGGUACUAUGCAAAUGAAUGGGGAGUACAGCACUGAUACUUUUUCAAUUUUGAUGCUCGAAGUAAUGCGCAGCUCUGAAGUGCACGUUGAGCGUUGUAACGAGGGGUCGGAUCUUCCAGCUGUGGCCACCUCUUGCUGCCCUCCGCUCGAAGUGGCUGUUAAGUCACUGUUGAAUGCUCUGCCAUGCUGCGGAGAGCCCGGUGGGGUUUCCAAACAUCCCGCCCAAAUCUUUGAGAUGGUCCUCCUCGCUCUCCUCCGUCUCUCCGCGGAAAGUCAAUACGGUCGACGGGUUGUCGAUUCGUGGGUCUUUCAGGCUUUGGUGCUCAAUGUGUUAUACAACCUCUUUCCUGGUGUUCCCGCCCUCAUCCGUACCAAUCCAGCUGACGAUACAGCCAACGCAAUAGCGGGUGAUCUUUCCUCGGCCCUUUACACAGGCCUUCCCUAUCCUCUGGCUUCCCAUCACCCAGGCAGAAGGCAGCAACAGUCGCCCUUUCCCUAUCUGGAUGGCGAUUUCGUCGUAGAAGAGGGCCUCCGUCUCUUCCCUCUCGUCCAAUCUGCAGGCACAGACGUCCUGGAGGCUCACUCUGCCCUCCUUUUAUGCUGUUUUGCCCAAGCUGGCCUCUUUGAGGCUAAUUCUCAACUCCACCCGAACUCCCUGUGUAUGGAGCGUCUAACGAGUAUUCCCCUCUUGCGAGACAAGUUCCGUGCUGUGGACUUCCUGGAAAGAGUGCAUCAGAUUUUGAUGGAGCGUCAUCACGCUGGCGCACGUCCGGUUCUCUCCGCACCGCUCAUUUCGCCCUUCCUGGAGUGCCUCUCGCGGCAACAGCGAAGCCCAUCCACUCCCUUACCGCCGUCGGUGCCCACCUCUGCCGGUAGUAAAAGCGCAGACAUCGGUCCCGUCUCACUAAUGCAAAAGGCAUCUGUCGGUGCCGUAACAACCUCUCCAUCUUCUCGAAUAAAAUGUUUUCUGUUGCCCCUUGCUCAGUACACUGACGGUCUCCUCGAGGCGGUGAUCGUCGCCAGUGGUGUCUGCGCCUCAUCCUCCAUAGCUAACACCAUCACAGUCCAGUCCCUUGCUGGGUGCUCCAUGGCGGCCACUUCGAUGCUGGGAAAGAGUGCCUUCCUCACUCAUGUUCCUAUUUCCCAUCCCCCCAUUCCCGGUGUCCCCAGCACAACUCUCAUUCUCUCCUCUCCCUAUGAGUGGGAUUGGGACGUUCUCGCUUCCUGGGCUCGCAAACUCUCUUCUUCUGCUGGUCUUUUCUCCUGGAAGGAUCAAAACAGUCAGAUGUGA